CUGAAGUAGGAAGUGAAGGUGAUUCUACACUCUAGAGAGCAUGGAGACAUCUGUGGACCAGAUAAUGGAUCAAGUCUCAUACACCCAGAGUAACCCACUGUUUGACAUGUCACUCAGCAGGACUGAUCUCUACAGUUCCCAGCCUGAUUAUCUGAAGCCAGCGAGGCCCAGAAGACAGUGGUGUUUUAAUGUGAUUGUUGUGUAUCUCAUCUUGCAGACUGCCCUUAAUGCCUUUCUCAUUUAUAAAGUUUUUAAGUUGGAGUCUCUAAUGUCUAACCCCAGGUCUGAGAAAGUGACGUCCAAUCACAUCCCUCUGAAUGAUGGUGACAACAUCCAAACUCUCCUCUACAACAACAGUCAAGAAACCAAGACCCUUAAGGGCCACCUGUGGGCCCUGAAGAACCAGGUCACCAGCCUGUGUGGAGAGGAGGGUCAGUUUAACAAGCUGCAGUCUGACCUGAACCUGCUCAACACCAGCACCCUCAACCUGGAGAGCAAAGUGACCACCAUCAGCCUCAAACCAGGACCUCCUGGUACUCCGGGUACAACUGGAGCGCACGGUAUUCCAGGCUUGCCAGGAAUGAAAGGUGAGAGUGGCGUUGCUGGCCCUCAAGGACCAAAGGGUGAAAUGGGACUCAAAGGACAACCUGGAGAACCAGGAGUUGCCGGUCCAAUUGGUCCCAGCGGUUCACCUGGAAUCCCAGGACCACCAGGGAAUCAAGGUCCAGGUGCAAAGGGAGAGAAAGGAGAUCCCGGUGUACCAGGUGUAAUGGGACCUCCAGGCUUCAAUGGAACUCAAGGUCGUCCCGGACUACCAGGUCCAAAAGGAGACAAGGGAGACCAAGGAAACGCACCAGAGCCGACUGUGCGUCUCGUGCCGGGGAAAUCCAGAGGGCGAGUGGAAGUGAAGUACAACGGGGUCUGGGGCACGGUGUGCGACGACAACUUUAACAUUGUGGAUGGCAAGGUGAUCUGUAAGAUGCUGGGCUUCCAAACUGCCAUUAACACCUACACUGCCACCCCAGGCUCUGGUAGGAUCUGGCUGGAUGAACUGAGAUGUGUAGGAACAGAGUUGGACAUCUUUGGCUGCCCACACAACGGAAUUGGUAUUACCAACUGCCAACACAGCGAGGAUGCCGGAGUGCAAUGUGUGUAGACUGAAACGAUGCCGAAGACCAACAUGAAAAAUGAUGUUUCAACUUCUACACAUAAACAUGAAGUGACAAAUUGAUUGACAGGCAUUACACACACACAGACACACACAGACACACACAGACACACACAGACACACACACACACACACCACAUGCAUAAGUUUUAAUCGGGGAUAUUAGCAGAGAACAAAGCAGCUACUAAUGAUGUUCACAGCUUGAUCUCAUUACAUAUUAAUAAAAUACAGCUUAUAGAAUUGCA